GACGUCUUCACCCUGUUCUUCCCAGGAUAUGACGAAUAAGAUGUUUGCAUAUCUCCAGGGCGGCCCCCUGCCUGGUACCAACGUGUACAUCUCUGACAAUGGAGGAUUCUCCUUCCAGCUCCUGGAGGCUCAAAAACUGGCAGCAUUUGACGGGACCCUAGGAGGCAUCUUCUACUUUCAUUCCAUGUCUCAGGUGGGGAUACUCGUGAUCAAACAAGGCUCGGCGAAGUUUUUCUACACGGAGUACCCCCUGAACCAGAGUGCGGGGAUAUCCUUUGAGUACAACCAGUUCCUUGACGUCAUCAUCAAACCAUGUCAGAGGGGGUUUCUGAUCCUCUGGAGCCAGACAAGCCUGUUGGUGUCGCCCAAUGCAGGCCAGAUCGUGGACACCGUGCGCCUGAAGAAAGGGAAGACCACCGUGACUACAGAUAUCAUCAAAGCCAACAUCACCAUCCACAGCGUUGCCUGGAAUAAUUACGAGAUGGCUUUGCUGACCCGGGAAGACCUCAUGUUUUACGGGAGUCAGAAUUACCUGGGAACAGAAUUGAUCCAACUGUUGAAGCAGUCUCUCUGGUCUGAGACCACGGGCCUCUUUUUUAAGGAUGGCGGCAUGCUGGAGGUCCUCACCCCGGUCCCUGACUCAUCUUCCCCAGCGUUUGACUUUCUCAAAUGUACUGUGAAUGUGCAAGCCAUUCUCAGUGACCCUACCCUGGAGAUUGAACCAUGCAAUGUGGAGGUUCUGGAAAGCAACAUGAUAGAUCAGAUGUUCACCAUAGACAUGAACAGCAAGCUGGAGCUGUCUGCCCUCUUUGUGCCCCGGCCUGGCAAGUCCCCCAUCCCACUGGUGAUGGUCAGCAACCCGCACUCCCUGGGGUUCGAGGCAAGCAUCUCAGAGUUUGGCAACACAUUCGACGGCAGCUAUAAGUACAAACUGGAAAUUGAACUCCAGCAACAGCACCACUGGGGCACCGCAGACCACACCUUCACCACCAGCAUCAAGCGCAACGCCAUCUCCUCCGUGACGGUGGACAUUGCUGACAAGACAACCGCGUGUGUGGACCUGAAGCCCCUGGUACGUGCGCCCCUUCGAGGCCUGGUGAAGCCCCUGUCCACUCUCAUCUCAGUUGGCUGUGACCUGACCAAGAAGAUUAUCGUGCAGAACAAAAUCUCCGCCUGCUCCAUGGGAAUCCUCGACCCAGUGCAGCUGCAGAGGAACUACACCUACACCAUCGAGAAGGAAGCCUACGACCCGGUCAACCAUGAGGCCGAAGCCCAGGACGACCUGCUGGUGUUUUACCCGUACAAGGACCUGGGCUGCCCCCGCCUUGUCUACUACGACAAGCCUUGGAGGCCCGUGGUGGAACUGUGGAAGAAUGGGAUCCUAGAAGAAAUCAUGAACGCCGAGUACGUGCUAACGGAGGUCAACGGGAUAGUCACCUAUUCAUACUCCCUGACGGCCGCCACUGCCAAUUGCCGGUCACAGCCUCAGAACUGGAGCAACUUUAACCUCUUCACGGAUGCCGAUUCCAUCGUGUCCAUCUGGAACAGAGAGAACUAUAUCAGCUGCCAUGAGGACAAUAAGGACAACCCCUUGCUAUGGCCUAAUGUCGAGUACCAGAUCUUAGGUGGCCGCACAGACAACAGGGUUAUUUUUGGCCAGAGAAAUGGAAUCUAUACCUUCCUUCUGUCUGUGGUGGACCCAUACUACAGCUACUGCAACCUGGACACCACGUUCAGUGUGUACGUGUACGGGGCCCUGCCUGUGGCCAUGUUCCCACCCGUGCUCAGCAUCUUCCUGCUGGUCGUCACCACGCUGCUGACCGUGUGGCUGGCCUACAUCGUCCCCAUAAAGCUGCAGACCGAGCAGGGCCAGCACUUUAAGGUCGUCUGCUCCCAAGUGUGCAACCGCUUCCUGUGCGUGUGCACCUGCGGCUGGGUGCACCUCAGGCUGCAACGGUGGCUGCAUCACAAAAUGCAGCAGUGGCUGCGUCGCAGAGUGCAGUGGUCGGUGCAGUGCAGGCUGCAAGGGUGGCUGCGCUCCAGGAGGGUCAGAGACCAGGCCGAGCAAACCCUGCAUCCACACGCGAGCAAGACAGAAAGAGGGUCAGAAAAAGCUAAGGACACGGACACAAAUGAGCCCCAGUGAGGUGCUUUCAACCUCCUCGUGCGUCUACCUUAGCUCCUGUCCCAAUAAAUGGUU